AUGUGGAGACUUUACGUCGAUCCCUGUAAUCGCAGAGGUUUGGCUGCUUUAGCGGCAGCAUACAAGACCAACAAGGCCGAAAUAUUAAAAUAUGGGGCAGAACACGUUUCUGAUGGGGUUGUGCUUGAAACGGAUUCAGGGUUGAUAAGUUCAGCCAACGCAAUUGUAAGCUUCAUUCUGGGUGCUGAUGUAUUGUCCCCAAAACUCAGUGCCUUCCUCCUUUGGGAGUCGACUGUCUUGACGCCUUCUUUGAAUCGCAUUGGGGGCAGCAUUACCGGAGAGGUUACAGACUUGUUGAGUGAGCUUCAGUGGAAACUUCAAAGUCUUGAGGAGGAAACCAGUGAGUUAGGCAGGUUGGCAGCUAAUUUAAUAGUCUGGGCGGAUGUUUCGCACUUGUCCUCCAGCAUUGCAACGCUUGGUUGCUUGGGACACAUAUAUAACGUAGUGAGGAGCUGUGAUGUCGAGAAGCAUUGUUUACAUGCUCUUCAAGACAUACCGUUGAAAGUUCAAGCUCAAGAGGCAGAUGUAAAGUCACAGUCAUCUACUUCGGCACAAAACAUGUCGCAACGUAAACAGAGUCAAAAUAAGGUUACAAAAACUAAUGAAAAUUUGGCACACAAUGACGAAGACGAACUACGAUGUCUACAGGUUGAGGUUUCAACUGAUCAGAUGCUCAAAGCUCAGUGGGCUUUCUGUUCGUCUGCUCCGCCCGCUACGUUUAUCCAUUCAAAUGAAGGACCAAUCUUGCCACUGAAAAAGGGUAAGGGUGUUCGAAAUAUCCUAGUUUCCUCCGCUCUGCCCUACGUUAACAAUGUACCGCAUUUGGGAAAUUUGAUUGGUUCCUUACUUAGCGCAAACAUUUUUGCGCUCUACUGCCAGACUGCAGGCUACAAUGUACUAUCCAUUUGCGGCACGGACGAAUAUGGAACUGCCACCGAAGCUAGAGCCCAUUCCGAGGGUUUGACCCCUCAGGAAAUAACCGAUAAGUACCACAAGCUACACUGCCAAGUUUACGACUGGUUUGACAUCCAUUUCGACUAUUUUGGAAGGACUUCGACACCUAUUCACACUGAAAUCACGCAGGAAAUAUUCCUGGACCUCUAUAACAAUGGUUUCAUCACAGAGGCAUCCGUAGAACAACUGUUCUGCGAGAAAUGUAACAGAUUUCUAGCUGAUAGAUUUGUUGAGGGUGUGUGCCCCCUUUGCAAGGCGGAGGGUGCGAGAGGUGACCAAUGCGACACCUGCAGUAAGCUUAUAAAUGCUGUCGAGUUGAUCAAACCCCAAUGCAUCGCUUGCCGCGGUUCACCUACGGUUCGCUCCUCCGACCACCUCUUUCUUGAUCUUCCUAAGUUGGAGGAGAAAGUUGAUGUCUUCUUCACUAAGAGUUUGGAGGAUCCAAACUGCAAGUGGACCCAAGUCGCUCAGUCUAUCGCUCGUACUUGGCUUCGCGAUGGCCUCAAGAAGCGCUGUAUCACUCGUGAUCUCAAAUGGGGCGUACCAGUACCUCUGCCCGAUUUCAAAAACAAGGUUUUCUACGUUUGGUUUGAUGCCCCAAUCGGGUACAUCUCAAUAACUGCGAACUACACGAAGGAAUGGCGUCAAUGGUGGCUGCAGUUGGAGGAUGUAGAGCCGGUGGAGUAUUUCCAAUUCAUGGCCAAGGACAACGUUCUCUUUCAUUCCGCUAUCUUUCCCGCCUGCCUUCUGGGCAGCAACAAGAAGUUUACUCUAGUAAAGCACAUCAUUGCCACAGAAUAUCUUAACUAUGAGGGAAAGAAGUUCUCCAAGAGUCGAGGAGUCGGUGUGUUCGGUAAUAACGCCAAAGACAGCGGUAUUGAGUCCAACAUCUGGCGUUUCUAUCUAGCCUACAUCCGUCCUGAAACCCAGCCCCCAACUUUCCUUUUGUCUAGACCCCUUAUGUUUGUGAUGAAGUUCUUUAAUUCCACCGUACCGGGCAUGAAAAAUCUCCAACCUGACGAUGUGACCUUCCUGGCUCGGGUAAACGGCAUUCUACAUGCGUACAUCAACCAUAUGGAAAAUUGUUCUUUACGUGAGGGCAUUCGCGCUGUUCUCGGUAUCUCCCGUCUCGGCAAUGGUUACCUGCAGGCUCAGAAACCCUGGGUCCUCUAUAAAUCCUCCGACACCAUUCAGCGAGCUGGUGUGGUGACAGGAGUGAGCUGUAACAUUGCUGCGCUGUUAGGCAUCCUCCUACGUCCCUUCAUGCCCACCUUCGCGGAUGAGAUCUUUGAACAAUGUAAACUGCCCUCCGAGCAUCGCAGUCUUGCGCCCAUGGUCGCCAAUGGCGGUCACAUAAUAUGCCUCCUGCCUGAGGGACAUGUUAUUGGCGAGCUCUGGCGACGGGUCGAAUUGGCAGUUCAGCUCUGGAGGAUUGGUGACCGAGACACUCCUCCCGAACGCAGUGGCUCUGGAAUUGUACAGCGGUGUACGGGGUGGGGGCGCCGUCGUGUCUAG